ACUAAACAGUUUUGAAAAUUACUGUAGCUUAGCCUGAGACGUUGUGAUUAGCUGCACCAAUUUGAAAUGGCCAGUUUGGAUGAUGACAGAACCUCCUCUGCGCAUGCUUUUUUAAAAUUUGGUUCAAUUUAUGAGCCACUUAAAAGCAUUAAUCUUCCAAAACCAGAGGGUGAAAGUCUGUGGGAUAAAUUAGACCAUUAUUACAGAAUUGUUAAGUCAACGUUGCUGCUUCACCAAAGCCCAACGACAGGUCUGUUUCCUACAAAGACGUAUGGGGAUAACCGAAAGGCAAAAGUACAUGACAGUCUUUACUGUGCUGCGUGUGCCUGGGCGUUAGCCCUUGCUUACAGGCGUAUUGAUGAUGACAAGGGAAGGACUCACGAGCUGGAGCAUUCUGCUAUAAAGUGUAUGAGAGGAAUUCUCUACUGCUACAUGCGUCAGGCCGAUAAGGUUCAGCAAUUUAAGCAAGACCCCAAACCAUCUGAAUGUCUUCAUUCUGUUUUCAGUGCACACACUGGAGAUGAGGUCUUUUCCCCUAAGGAAUAUGGUCACCUUCAGAUAAAUGCUGUGUCCUUAUUUCUCCUCUAUUUGGUUGAGAUGAUCUCUUCGGGGCUGCAGAUUAUCUAUAACACGGAUGAGGUGUCCUUCAUUCAAAAUCUUGUGUUUUGCGUGGAAAGAGCCUAUCGUGUACCAGACUUUGGUGUCUGGGAAAGAGGAAGUAAAUACAACAAUGGCAGUCCAGAGCUGCACUCAAGCUCCGUGGGGCUGGCAAAAGCAGCCUUGGAAGCAAUUAAUGGCUUCAAUCUCUUUGGAAAUCAG